AUGGCAACCAGUGCCGACGUCACGUCUAUUGACCCCCAGGGUCUUGGACUAGUGCUCCUCGUCGUCACACUCUUCUUCACGCCUCUGACCGUUAUCGUCAUUGCAUUAAGAUGUGGUGUCAGACUUAAACACAAGGUGUUUGGCAUGGAUGAUGCUCUUAUGGUUGUUGGAUGGGCUCUGUUUAUGGUUGUUGCUGGUCUUGUAUCAAAAGGAACCUAUUACGGGCUAGGCUCGAAAGAUGAGCGACUGAAUGACUACCUUGUGGAGAAGAUGUUUAUAAAAGCAUCUAUCUGUGUCACACUACUCCGAAUCGCCGUUCUCAGAUCACACCGCAUCAUCACGUGGAUCACGCUCGCGACCUCAUGUAUCUCGACCAUCAUCGUUAUUGUUGGGCUAUUUGCGAUGUGCCGUCCUAUUCAGGCAAACUGGGAUAAGGCGGCCGGGACAUGUUCCCCUCCCAUUGUCAUUACAAGCCUUAGUUAUCUUGUGUCUGCUGCGGCUGUAGCUACCGACUGGGUCUGUGCUAUCUUGCCUGGCUUCAUGCUCUACAAAGCUCAGAUGAAAACAGCCACCAAGGUUUCUAUCAGUAUUAUCCUAGGCCUAGGUGUCCUGUAA